UCAAGAUUACCCUAUGGAACCACAUCCACUGCUCCAGCACUCCCUUUCUGCUUCGUCCAGCCAUCAAAUCCCUCUCCAACAGCCACGCUACCUCAUCAACAGACGCCAUCCUUUAGCCAUCAGUAACAUUUCCAUUCCGGUGGCUGGAAGCAGCAGCAACCUCCUCGAGGACCCACUAUGGUCAUCUUCCCCCACUAUACAUCACCUAUCUGCACCUCCGUCCUCUUCCUCUUCGUCUUCCCCUGGACUCUCACCAUCCGAGCAGCAACGCCCCAAACCUAUGAUAGUCAAGCAGGCAAAUGUCGGGAGUGACGGAGAAGUGGCCAGUUCGGCAGAUAGCAAACCUUUAUCUACCGCCUGGCAGCAAGCCUUGGGUGCGACGACCCAUAAGCCUUCCUCGACUGCCGGAGCUACAGGUGGAGCUGGUACAGCCAUUACUCCCAAGGAAAGGAAAAGAACCCAUCGGAAAGGCCCAAAAGUCUUAGAAAGGCCAAGCAAAGCUCUCUUUUGCCUAACAUUAGAAAACCCGCUUAGAAAACUUUGCAUUAGCAUCGUCGAAUGGAAGCCUUUUGAAUAUCUCAUUCUUCUCACAAUAUUUUGCAACUGCGUAGCCUUAGCUAUCUACACUCCACACGCUUGUAUGGAUUCUAAUAAACUUAAUCAUUAUUUGGAAAAGACGGAAUAUCUCUUUUUAGUCAUUUUUAUGAUCGAGUGCAUUAUGAAAAUUAUUGCUUACGGCUUUUUGUUCCACCCUGGUGCCUAUUUGCGCAGUGGAUGGAACUUUCUCGAUUUCGUCAUUGUCAUCAUAGGUAUUAUUAGUACAGCUCUUUCGGCUCUGAUGAAAGAGGGUUUUGAUGUAAAAGCCUUACGUGCAUUUCGUGUUUUGAGGCCACUCAAGUUGGUCUCAGGAGUUCCAAGCCUUCAAGUAGUUUUGAAUUCCAUUCUCCGCGCCAUGGUUCCCUUACUUCAUAUUGCUCUCCUUGUCAUUUUUGUCAUCAUCAUCUAUGCCAUUAUAGGACUGGAACUUUUUUCAGGAAAGAUGCAUGAAACUUGUUUUAACAACAUCACAG